AUGGUAUUCACUGUCGGUUUGGCUGGUAUCACUGGCAAGUUCGGACGCCUACUAGCCUCGAAGCUCAUUCAGAAGCCGGAUGUCAUUGUUCGUGGCUACUGUCGAGAUCCUAAAAAGGUCAUCACCCCUCUAUCCUCGUCCUCUCAAGUACAACUCUUUCAAGGUGGAGCCUAUGACACAGACCGAAUUCGCGCUUUUGUUCGAGGAUGCGAUGUAGUCAUUUGCUCAUACCUUGGAGAUGACCAACUCUUAAUCGAAGGCCAGAAGAAGUUGAUCGAUGCUUGUGAAGCAGAGGGUGUCCCUCGCUAUAUAGCGAGCGAUUGGUGCCUGGACUAUACCAAGCUUGAGUUUGGUGAUCUCUUCCCCAAGGACCCCAUGAAACAUGUCAAGGCCUAUCUUGAGGACCAAACGACUGUCAAAGGUGUUCAUAUCCUUAUUGGUGGCUUUAUGGAUACUAUGAUGAGCCCCUACUUCCAGUUGUUUGAUCCUUCUACGUAUACCUUUAGGUAUUGGGGUGAGGGAUCUGAACCUUGGGAAAACACGUCUUAUGAGAACGCAGCCGAAUUCACCGCUGCAGUUGCGACUGAUCCCUUGGCGGUUGGUAAACAGAAGUGUUUGUCGGCGACAAAAGAAGUAUCAAGGGGAUUGCCGAUAUCUUCGAAACUGUGUACGGGGUAA